ACAUUUUAUCAGGCUCAAAUUAUCAGAUUUUUCAAAAAUCUUGAACCCCAAGGUAAAUUUACCUUGUUGAACCCCGAAAAAUUCGAAUAUUUGAGCAAAAAUUCGUUAUUUUCUUCAUGAUAUACCUCCAUUUCCAUUAAUAUUUCAAUUAUGGGACAAGUCAGAUUCGUUUGUGAACAAUGCGGUAAAGUUUAUUCUACAAGGUACGGUUUAAGCCGCCACAAAAACGCUGUCCAUGAUCCAGAAAAAGUUCACAUAUGCGACUCUUGCGGUAAAAGCUUUCCGAGAAUCGAUGCACUGAAACGCCAUAUAAUCAUGAAACACACCGAAAGACCUUCCAAGCCUCUUCAAAAAUGCAAUUUUUGUGAUAAACAUUUAAAAAGUAUCUGCGCGUUGAAAAGCCAUUUGAAAACCCAUAAACCCAAAACGCUGGCGAAGAAAAGUACCAAAAAACCUGGACAUUUUGAGUGUAACGAUUGUGGCACAGUAUUUAAAUAUCGCCAAAAUUUAAUCCGACAUAUACAGGACAAACAUAUGUACCCAACAAUAUACGAAUGUCACGGAUGCGGUCUCGUUUAUAAAACUAAACAGAGUUACACCGAUCAUAUUCGCAGUGUUCACGAAUCGAACGAAAAAAUGACUUGUGAUAAUUGUUCGAAAAACUUCCUCUGUAGACGUUCGUUGAUAAAGCAUAUCGCCAACUGUUCCAAACUUCCUAAAGUUAAAAAACUCGAACCUAGUAUCAUUUGUGUACUGUGCGAAAAAACGUUCCUGAGACACUACCUGUUAUUAAAGCAUUACACCGAAGACCACAACGUUACUUUAGUAUACGAAAACAGACAGUUCGAUUCGAUGGACCAGUUCAUGAAAUGGAAACAAGAAGUAGAAUUCUUCACCAUUGCCGGAUAUCAUUCAUCUAGCGGUGUUCUCGACACUGCCAAUAGUCGUACGAGAAAAUUUCGAUGCCAUCGUUCCGGAGUAUACAAAUCACAAUGCGAAAAUAGCGCUCGAGUACGAAAGUUGAAGAAAAAAGGAUCGAAAAAAUUACAAGGCUUGUGUCCGGCAGAAAUAGUUGUAAAAGAAUUCAAGUCAGAUGGCAAAUGCGAAGUAAAGUUUCAAACAACUCACGUCGGACACGAAAUCGGUACUCAAACCGAGUUAACUCAUAUAUACCUAGAUAAACCCAAAAGACUCGAGUUAGCUUCUAAAAUAGCCGAUAGAAUCGCACUCAGCGUGAUAAUGGAGAACGAGAACGAGUCGCUGAUCAAGGGAAAUCACGAUAAUCGUAAAAGAACCAUCACUUCUAAAGAUUUACGUAAUAUUAAAUUGCAUUAUGUUCCGGAUCUUGGUCCGUCGAAAACAGCUUCCGAGAGUGUUCCAACUUUCGUCGAGCAAAACAAAGAUUCUAUUAUUUUCUUUAAGAAUAAAAACGAAGACGUAUCGAUUACCAUGUUGAAGGAUUCAAUUAAUUCAGAUUAUUCGUUCGAAACUCACGAUUUCGUGUUAGUAUUCAUGAACGCCGAACAAAAGAAAAAAAUGGAAUUACUGGCUGUAGAUGGAGUAGUCAAUAUCGAAAGUACUCAUAUCGUCAGCAGUCCAGAACGGUAUGAUCUACACACAGUGACGGUAUUGAAUCUAAAUCAAGAAUGUUUACCGGUGGCUUUCCUCUUGACAAACCGUACAAAUGAAAGCGUUAUGACCUGUUUUGUGGAAUGCAUCAAAUCUCAAGUGGGUGAGAUGAAAGUCAAGACGUUCGUCAGCGAUUUACAAAUCAUGUAUUUCAAAUCCUGGACAAACGUGAUGCCAUUACCGCAAUAUUACCUGUAUUACAUGUGGCACGUUACUCAAGAAUGGGAUCGUCUCUGCAAAAAGAUUCCCGCCCAUAAACGUGACGAAUUCCGUUCGAUUUUGGAUACUUUGUAUAAAGAACUGGACGAAAACAAAUUCCGUAUUUUGCUCGAAGACUUUGUCAACCAAACGGACCUAGAUUACCAAAAGUUCAUCGCUAGCUUCAAAGUGGAUUUUUUAAGCAACGCCGAACAGUGGGCGUAUUGUUAUCGUAUGUUCUCCGAAGUAGAUUCAGACGCGGAUCUGCAUUUCAAAUUUAAUGUUUUGGGUGGAAAAAGAGUGAAAACUGUGGCCUCGUGUUUAUCCAGUAUCAAGAGUAAUUUAUCUGUUAUACUGCGAGAAGAAGAGAUGAAAAAUAUCAACGGUUAUACGCCUUUGAAAUUGACUACUUUAAAUAGCAGGCAUACUUCUGCUCUGGAACAAAUGGGUGAUUUGACUAUGUACUGUUUGGACGAACCUGGUAAAUGGAAAGUUAUUUCACCCGAAAACAUUUACACCGUUAGCGUACAAAGUCCACAAUGCUUAUCGGAUUGUUUACUCAAGUGUUCCGAAUGCAAUGCGUGUUUACACGAAUACAAAUGCACUUGCAUGGAUCAUUCCAUUAUGUACAAUAUGUGCGUACAUAUUCACGCUGUUCUGAUGAUCUUUAAAGUAGAACGUGCCGAAGAAGUAUUCGUCGAAACGCGCGAUUCUGUUGGCUCUCCUCUUACUCCGGCUAUCGUGUCGGAUCCGGUUACUCCUGAACGCAUUGACGAUAUUGAAAUGGCUGAAUGUGAACAUCAGGUGUCCAAUGAAGAUAAAUCGGUGACUGAGCAUAACUUAUCGAAAGAUGAAAUUUUAGCCGAAGUCAGGCAGAAGUUCUUGCUUUUAGAACAAAAUAUUGAUACUUUGUCGACGAACUCGUCUUGCUGGUCGUCUAUCAAGAAUAUACUCGAUACUAUUCCUGUGAAAAUACAGGGUGUGAAGGAUGAGUAAAAUGGGUGUACUGUACUUGAGAAACCUUACGUUAUGUUUUACGACAAGAUCAAGAUCUGGAUUCUGCCUUCGGUAAAUACGUAAAAUGGGUCCUGUUUCAAGAGUCAGUGAUCGAUACGAAGAUUUCAGAAAAAUUGGAAUGACUGAUUUUAUAAUUUAUGACUGCAUUUCUUUUUCAAUUCCUAGUUUCAAUGGAUUACAUAUUUGUAUUCGAGAACAUUUUUUUUGUAUUAUACAUGUUGUGCGUUA